AUGGCGAGAUUUUAUGAAAAGAACGGUGAAUGCAUGGAAGAAAAGAACAAUGUUCAAAUUGAUCCAAAUGAUACUAUUACGUGGAUCAAAUAUGUAAUUAGAGGUCAGCCAACAAAACGUUCAAAUAUUCCUGAAUAUUUGUGGACCAAAGCAAUCGGCUCUGAUGAUGCUAUGAUAAUAUUUGAAAAGCAUAAAAAAAACCCAUGUUUCGGUGAGAAAGAGUUUGAAGCAAUGAUCGAUAUUUGUCACAUAAUAGGAGAGUGGUACAAUGUCGUAGUAGAAGACUACAAUAGAGGCCUAUCGGAUGAUAGAAAAUUCGAGUAUUUUGAAAAACUAAAUAGAGGUACAACCGGACCAGAACUUUUUAAGCAGAAGCAGGACGCCCUUAAGUUAUUAGAUAUUGCUCCUGAUAAACCGCAAGGUUUUCAGAAAGCAUUUGAAGGAUGUGUGAGAUGGUUUUAUAGAAGGAACUAA